ACUGACCAGAAUACAUUCUAGAGACUUCAAACGUUUCAGUUGUGUAUUGUAAUUUAAAUCGUCAUACGUUCGAGAACGUGCAAGUUGUAUUAAACACGUUGCAUUUAAGUUUAUUAACAACGAUUAUACCAAUUUGAAACUGAUAAAUUUAAUUGUUUUAUCAAAUUUGAAACACAAUGAUUAUACCUGUACGUUGUUUCACUUGUGGAAAAGUAAUCGGUAAUAAAUGGGAAGCGUACCUUGGUUUGUUACAAGCGGAAUACACGGAAGGAGAUGCUCUUGAUGCAUUGGGAUUGAAACGAUACUGUUGUCGCAGAAUGCUUCUUGGACACGUAGACUUAAUUGAAAAGCUUUUAAAUUAUGCACCAUUAGAAAAAUAACAAUAUGUGCUACCCAAUUUCCAGGUCCAAAACCAACAUCCCAAUAAGUUACAGUUUCGACGAACACAGGAAUUAGGAGUCCCAAUAUUGAAAAACAAAAUGCACCAAUCAAUCCAAUAAAAGGUUCGAUAGUUGGUACAAUCACAGCCAGUAAGACUGUAACAUACAGAGAUUUUUUAAAAUUUCUAGAAUUCCAAAAUUAUUAUUUAUGAACUGAAUGUAUAUCUUAUAAGAAAAAAUUUUUGUUCAAAAUUACACACCUGCUCCUGUGACCAUAACUGUUCUUAAAAUGUAAUUUGCUAACAGUGGCUUUUUCUGAAAUCGAUCUUUUAUACCAUUCCAUGCAAUAUCAAGGCAAACGUAAAAUUGUAGUCCAAAUGUACAAUAAACGGCAAGAGCUAUUAAUAUUUUUACAACUUGAGCCGCUCUAAAAAAAAUAUAUAUAUAUAUAACAAAUAAUUUCAACGCAAUCAUAU